AUUACGUCAUUGGGACCUGUGCACUUGUCGCUCGCGGAGAAUUUGGGGGAUGCAGCUCUUCAUGAGGCGAAGAAUGCACUUGCAAGAAACACCGGGCACCCUUUCGACUUCGUAUGGUCUGGUUUGGUUUCGUGUCAGUAAAUAAAAGCGACAGAGAGGUGAAAACACACGGGGUUAAUAAACAGGCCGCGCUUCCUUCUGUUUAUCUCGGUGUGCAGCGCGAGGCGAGCCGGUGCAGGAUCAGAUAACGAGUGUUUAUGUGUGUCUUUAGGUUGUGUCAUCACUCACUGCACUAUGCUGGGCUGCAUGCUGCGAGGAGGCUGCAGUCCUCUGGUCUGCUUGUGGGCCUUGCUGCUGCCUCUGGUCUCCCUCCAUCGCUUGAACCAGCCUGGGAGCAGGAGCCACAGUGUGAGGGACCGGCCCAAGCUGCUGCUCGUGUCCUUCGACGGCUUCCGCUGGGACUACGUUGACCGGGUCCCGACGCCUAACUUUCACAGCCUUAUGGAUGAGGGGGUGACAGUGGAGCAGGUGGAGAACGCUUACAUCACCAAAACCUUCCCCAACCACUACAGCUUGGUGACGGGUCUGUACGCGGAGACGCACGGCAUUGUGGCCAAUGAGAUGUACGACCCCACUCUGAACCGGUCCUUCUCCAUGGAGACGGACAGUAUUUAUGAGUCACGGUGGUGGGAGGAGGCAGUGCCUCUCUGGGUGACCAUCCAGAAAGCUGGAGGGCGGAGUGGGGCUGCAAUGUGGCCCGGGUCUGAUGUGAAGAUCCAUGGCAUGUUCCCCUCUCAGUUCCUCCAGUACAACGCCUCAGUCUCCUUUGAAACCAGAGUGGAGCGGAUUGUUGAGUGGUUCUCCGCACCUAAAGAGGAAUCGGUGGAUUUUGGAGUUCUGUACUGGGAGGAGCCCGAUGAGAGCGGGCACAACCUGGGACCUCAGAGUUCCCUCAUGGACGUAGUCAUUGCCGGGAUUGAUGAGAAGCUCGGCUUCCUCAUCAACGAGCUAAAGAAGGCCGGGCUGUAUGAGCAAGUGAACCUGAUAGUGACCAGUGACCACGGGAUGACGCAGCUUUUCACUGAUAAUAUCAUAGAACUGGACGAGUACGUCAGCAGAGACCUGUACACCUGGGUGGAUAAGAGUCCAGUGGUGGGAAUACUGCCCAAAGAAGGGAAGCUUGACGAGGUGUAUAGUCAGCUGGUGGAUGCAAACCCAAACAUGGUGGUGUACAAGAAGGAAGAAAUUCCCAACCACUUCCAUUAUCAGCACAACGUCAGGAUCAUGCCCAUCAUCAUAGAGGCCAAGGAGGGCUGGACCGUCAUGCAGAACAGGACCGGGCCCUUCAUGUUGGGAAACCACGGCUACGACAACACCUUACGGAGCAUGCAGCCUGUGUUCGUGGCCCGUGGGCCAGCCUUUCGCCAGAAUUAUGUGAAAACCUCCAUGCGCUCUGUCGAUCUUUACCCUCUCAUGUGCCACAUCCUGUCCAUCCGCCCUCUGCCAAACAACGGCUCCCUCUUAAACGUUCAGGACCUGCUGUUCCCAGAGCUAGCUGCACCCACACCCAGCGCCCCUCCCAGGGUCAAGGAGUACUCCUACACCCCCGUCGUGGGCUCUUUCAUCAGCGUGGUCAUGGUGCUCAGCUUUCUGGUGUUCUACGUCGGACAAGUGACGCUCAAACAGCUGCCCUCACUAAAACACAGAAGCAGGGAGAUGUCGCAGCCCUUACUGCAAGAGGACUUGCACCUGUAGGUAGGAAGAAACGGAAAGGAUGGCAGAUAUAAAAGAAGAGGAGGUAUUGCUCCCCAAGGUAGUCCGCUCUGUCCAGAAACACGCUCUGCACGCCUCCCUUACACCAGUAAUCGCCAUUGUGCUGCUCUUUCAUUAGGUGGAGAUCAAGAGAAUCUAAUCUGACCUGGUCAUCAUGAGCAGGACAAGGUGCACCUCUAUACAAGUGUGAGGGAAAUGUGUAUGGUUCACUUCUGGUGCAGGCUUAAUCAAGAUAAUAAUAGGGCGUUAUAGUGGCUUUGCUUUGAUUGUGAAUUUUACCUAAUAUCAUGUCAUCAUUUUCAUUGUCACUUACAGAGUAAAAAAAAUUCAAAGCUAAGUGUAGAAUUUUAACCUGUGAUCCUCACAAGUACGAACCUUUGGUGGCCAAAACUGUGACUUUGAUAAUAUUAAGGUGCCAGUAUGCUUAAGAAGAAUGAAUUUGUCUGAAGGUUAAAGUGUUUGUAGCUGUGAGGAACAGCUACACCCAGAGGCAGGGUGAAGAACUUGCCAUCGUAGAAAAGGUUGGAAGCAAUAAUUUUUCUUUUUAAAAAUGGGGAUAAGUGCGCACACUUUUAGACAAUCUUUUCCUGAUGGCAUUCAUAGUGUUGCACUCAUUUGUGCGUAGGAAAAAAAAAAAGAGAAGAGAGAAGCUGAAAUCCUGCCUAUCUUUUGUGACCUGGCCAGUGGCUGCGGGAAGUGGGCGCGAUUAUGGGAUUGUUGGUUUUGGAGAGUUACAGGAAUUGUCAGACACAGCAGAACCCACUUCUUUUGAAGUAUACUGGCACCUUCACUUCAGGCAGUAGAUUUGGUUAUUUCCACAUUUUCAAAUCUAUGCAAAGCAGAUUUGUAUGUUGUGAGCUUAAGACGGAUCAAGGCCUUGUCGGAUUCUUUUUUUGCCACCAAUUGCUCUACUUGAGGUCUGAGCACUGAAUUAGAAGUUACUUUACGAUACAAAUGCUGUGAUUAAGCUGAAGUAUUCAAAACUCAACUACUUUGAGGAGAUCGACUGAGCUCGGUGUUACUUUUUGAAUGUUACUUGGAAGCAAAUGUUCCACUAAAGACUCACUCAAUGUGCCAGGCUUCUGCUCAUGUGUGUAGGUCAUUCCAUGAGCCGAUCACAUCACGACCUUGCUCUUCAGUAGUCAGUUACCAUUUGCCUUUUAACUUAACAGAGAACAUCUCUCUAAGGUGUGCAAUCGUUCGUGUGUAAGUUGGUCUAUCCUUCUUUUUUUUUUUUUGUAGCAUUUGUGUUGGGAAGGCAUUUUUCUGUAUAGAUGGCUGUGAACUGCCCUCCUCUUCACAUGUUGACCCGUCAUAACCAUGGCCAUUUGUUGGUGAAAUGUGAAGUGCAAUUGCUAUUGGUCAGUAUUUCGUCGUAGGGAAUUUAAGGGUUUUGUUGUUGCUUGGUUGAGAAGACUAUUUCGGCAUGACUUGCAAGAACUGUUCCCCUGAUUUGCACUAUAGGAUUGAAACGAAACAGAACGAAGGGGCAGUAGUUGGAUGCUUUUUUGGUCAUGUAUAAUUUGCACUUCCUGUUCGUAGUUGCUAUUUGAAAUGAUAAAAAAAAAAAAAGUUAGGUGCCUCUUGCCAAAAAGCUUUUUGAUUAGCAUAAUCAAAGAAAGUCAAGUAGAAAUCCAAAUCUGCCAGUAAAUUAUUCUAAUAUUUUUUCAGCAUCUUUUAAGAAAGAAAUGCUUCAGUUUUCUUAGUAUGCUUUUAGAUGCAUUGACUUAUAUCUGUGCCCAAAAAAUGACAGACAUCACUGUGAGUAUUUACUUUUUACAAAAUUUAAAUUCAUAAAUUGAAAGCAUUUAUAUGGAAAUUGUUAAUUUUCUGAAAAUUGUUUUGUUUUAUGAAAGAAAAGUGUUGUCUGAUAAUUUUUCCCCUGACUUGACAGAGAAAUUAAGAAAUAUCCAAACUAUAUUUAAAUAAUUCAUCUGAAAUUGUUAGAAAAAGAAUAAAUAUUAGAUCAGAUUUCUCUCUGUUGAUUAUUACCUUGGAUUUGAAAUAUGGAUAUUUAAUAUGAUUUACAGAUUAACUAUCUGUGCCAUGUUGAUGCAAUUAAAGAGUCUUCUGAAAAUAAAGGGACUUAUGUGAAACUGAA